AUGGGGCACGCCGAGGGCGCGUCCUCGAUCUACGCGCUGCUCGAGCGCGUGCACGCCGACACGGCGGGGCAGGUCCCGGUCUCCGCUUUCGAGUGCCCCGACGUGCCAGCCUUCCUCUGCCAGGAAGUAGUCAAGCCUCAGCUGAACGGCCAGCUCGCCUCGCUCGACGCCGACGACGACAUCGACAGCGUGCUCGAGAAGUUCCUGCGCUGGCGGCCGUUUGGCGCCGUCGACCGCGACGGCGACGGCGAGGCCGACGACCCGCGGUGGGCCCUCCUGGCCAAGGCCAACCGCGCCUACGCCGUGCACGUGCUGCCGCUCGUCGGCUGGGUCGCGCACCGAACGGCGCACGGCGCGACGGGGUGCGUCGCGGCCGUGCUGUGCGGCGCCCUCUUUUGCGCCGCCACCCUCGCGCUCUUCCUGCUCGGGGUCGUCGGCGUCGUGGUGGCGUCGCGCUCUCGCCGGGCGCCGCGAAGCCUCCUCUCCGACGGCCUCCCGUCUCUCGUCCUGAUGCGGUACGCCGACCUCUGCUACGCCGGCUCCCUCGUCUCGAUCUACUACCUCUCGCGCGCCGUCCGACUGCAGCCGGCAUCGACAUGCUCGGCAGAGCCCGCCAGCCGCGCCGCUGCGUCGGCCUCGCCCCGCCCGCCGCUGCCGACGCUUGCGGGGUCGCGCCCGGCGGAGGAGGGGGGGGGGGGGACACGCGCAGGGCCGGCAAGCGACUGCUUCGCGCGCGGCGCCUCGCUCCUCUCGCGGCUGCGCCGGUCGCUGCUCGACGCGCACCGCGCCGCCAACGGCCGCGUGGGCCGCUGCUGCGGGGCGGACGUGGUGCCGCUGCUCGGCAUCGGGGGCCUGACGCUGACGCGCUUCGACGUCGCCCUCUUCCUCGCCCUCUACUCGCUCUCCUUUGCCUUCAACGACUGGAUCAUCGUCGUCCUCCUCUCCCUCGCCGCCCUCUACGCGCGGCUGCUGCUCCUGUUGGAGAGCGACCUGCUCUUGCGCUCUCGCAGCGUGGGCGACGCCAAGUGGGCGUGCAACGACAUGCCGUGCAUCCAGCACGCAUCCGCUUGCCCGCUGCCGUACCCGCUGACGCACCGAUCGCUCGGCUACUCGCUCGACCUCGUCGCCCUCGCACUCCUUCUCCUCGGGGCCCUCGCCGUCCGCGACACCCUCGCCCCGCCGACGACGAGCCGCGCCCCGCCCGCAACCGCCAUUUCGCGCGCUCCUGCCGUCCCCGCUGCCGGAACCGGAGCCGGAGCCGCUGAGCCGGGGCCGACUCGCGCGCGGUUUGUGUCGAGCGAGCUGCAGGCGCAGAUCCUGGCGAUCAAGACCUCGGCGCUGCGAGGGCCGCCGUCGCGGCCGCCGGCGAUGCUGUGA